UGAUGGGCGUGACGUCAGGAGGAAGAUCUCAGUUCUUGUUUGUUUACAUGUUGCCUUGCAUUAACAUAAUGGGAAUUAAAGUUAUGAGGCGUUCGGACGGGAAAAUUUCAAGAUACCUGCUGUCCAAGAAAUUGGUCACGCAUCACAUCACGCAGCAGACUGACCAAAUCAGAACACACUGAGGAGUCCUGAGCAGGCGGCCUCCCCGCCAUCAGCAGAAGGCAGCUACUAUGGCAGAUUUAGAGUGGAAGCCGUUUUCCCUGACUUACGUUGAGUAUCCUAAUGAUUUUUGCUUGCCGGUUUAGAAAAUUUGGAGCGUUGGGACUGUUGGGUUACUGGACUCAGACUGUAAAUCAUAAUCUUGGUGACAUCAUUGGGAAAUUCCUGGCAGUGUGUAGCUUAAUGCCAUUGGCUAUUAUUACUGGGUUUGUGACGUUAAUUCUCUUCAGAAGAGACCUACACACAAUCACAUUUUUUGCUGGGGCUUUACUAAAUGAAGCAAUCAACCUGGUGCUAAAGAACAUCAUUGCGGAGCCUCGGCCUCUGCAACGGGGUGGACUCUACACAGAGUAUGGAAUGCCAUCCUCUCAUUCACAGAUGAUGUGGUUCUUUGCCAGCUACUCAAUUCUCUUCUUAAUUUUUAGGUUACACCACAUCAGUAGCUAUGUAAUGGAAUUUCUGUGGAAGGUACUCGUUGCAGUUGGCCUUAUCACAGCAGCCAUUGCCGUCACAUAUUCCAGGGUGUAUCUGCUGUACCACUCCUGGGCCCAGGUGCUGCUGGGGGCACUGGUGGGCAUGGUCCUGGGUUGUGGCUGGUUUGGGAUGGUCCACAUCAUGCUCACCCCGCUAUUCCCCACCGUUGCAUCAUGGAGUGUUUGUGAGAGACUUAUGAUCCGAGACACCUCUCUAAUUCCCAAUAUCUUGUGGUUUGAAUACACGCAUGCUCGCACUGAGAACAGGGCAAGAAAUCGCAAGCUUACAUCGAUUAAAAGUCAGUGACAUUGUAAUGAUAGCAAUUUUUCGGGUCAAAUCCUUGACUGAUUCAAGUAUAAUAGUUUUCAGUAAAUUUGUAUUUUCAUUUUCAUUGUAUGUCACUAAUUCAAUUGGUGUUCCAUUAGCUUUUUUAAUAAAAUUAUCUGAAAACUUUUUGUCUGAAUAAAACUUUGUUCUCCA